GGAUUGUCUUUCAGUAUAUUCGAAUUCGUAUUCGUUUACGGAUGUUUUCGUUCUAAGUUAAAAACUACUUGACUUUUGGCGGAUGUUACUAAUUACUAGUGAAAGUUAAAAUUCAACGAGACAAUGAAGACAAUCAGUUUGUUAAUUCCAUUGAUUGUGGCCACGACGGCGUUAGACCUGCCCGACAGUUUCAAGACUUGCGCAGUGUCGAAUGUUAAUGAAUGCCUCGCAGAAGCUACCCGAGUUUCGUUAAUAGCAAUGCGCAAUGGUCUAAAGGAAUUCAAACUUCGGCCUAUCGAUCCGCUGGAAAUCAACAGUAUAAAAUUCGGCGACGGCCAAAGCGCGGUGUCUCUCAAACAGGAAUAUUGGAAUAUUACACUUUCUGGAAUCACCAAGAAUUUACAAGUGGAAACUGUAUCGGUGGACGUUCCUAACAGGCACUAUAUAGUAAUUAGUAAAAAUCCUGUGAUGAUUUUCAGUGCCAAUUAUAAACUCGGUGGCAGAAUUAUGGUGCUACCAGUGUCUGGAGAGGGCAGGUGCAACAUAUCUAUGUAUAAUUUGUCAACGACGCACGACGUACAGCUCGAAGCCAUUGAAAGGAAUGGAGAGACCUACCAGAAAGUGAAGAAAUAUACUAUUAAGCUCGACCCGAAAAACGUAAAGUUUGAAUUCGACAAUCUCUUCAAUGGAGAUCCCGUAUUAGGUCCGGAAAUGCUUAAAUUCUUAAACGAAAAUUCAAAUCUGGUUUAUAAAGAAUACAAAGAACCUUUUGAAAUAACGUUUGGUACAGCCUUUGCUCACAUAGCCGAUAAAGUAUUUACCCGCGUUCCAUACAAGAAGAUUUAUCUUACAUAGAAGAUUCUACAUAGAUUAUUAAUUACCUCUUCAUUUAUUUUUUAAUCUUUAGUAUUUUUUUAAUAACAUUGCAAAAAAGAGAGUGAAAUAACUAACAGAAGAAUUAUUUAACAUAUCAAAAAGUUGUUAAGUUGUGCACAA